ACGGAACUGCAUGCUGGACGCAAGAUGGACGCAAACUUCUAACUUUCUGUUUCUUUUUCGUUUCGCUUUUACUCGCGCGAGCUACUCUCUUCUAGGUAGCGCGGCGCGGCGUCUCUCGAGUAGACAGCACGCGCUGUCGAAUGAAUUCGAAUCCCGGCCAGAAUUCCCACUCCGUUCAGACCGAACUGCUGGCAGCCGUUCGUUUUCACAGCCCAACCUUUGCUGUCUUUAUGUGGAUUCGCUUCCUGGUUGCAACAUACAGUCACAUACAAUUCAAGUCCUUCAAAACGCAGUUCAGCUUUAGAGACCAAUCGUCAAGCAUAAUAAUUGCCCUUACAGCUUUAAAUAAACGUUUCAUGACUAUUUUACGGUAAAGGCGACAUCUUCUAAUUCUUUUAAGUGGAAUGUUGUGAGCCGUCGACGAUCAGAAUUAUCUAAUAUAUCGAGUGCAAAGCGAAAUCCUGGGAUCUAUGCCUCGUCUUCAUGGAGAAUGAGACUACUCGAUCAACAGAAGGUGACUGGGGUCUUCUGGAGCUUGUCCAUCCAGGCUCAGCGACCUUUAAUGAGAGUAUUCUAGCUCCACUUCGUAACAACUAUUUGUAUGAGGAAUCAAAAGAAUGUUUCACAUAUAGUGCUGCCCAUUUCAUCCACAAUGGCGCUUUACAAAAACGGUAUGCUGCCUUUCGUUCUGAAAAACGGGGAAAAGGAUAUUCUGAACAGGAACUUGAAGAGUCAUAUGGCUUCCUGUUACUUGAUGAUGCAAACAGGGCAAGGAAAAUAGGCGAAACAGGCUUGUUAGUUGGACAAACAAAAUGCACUACUCUUGGAGACUCCAUGAAAGGUGUCUAUAUCUCAAAAUACUCAGACUGUCUUGAUCUGAAGCGCUGGUAUGAUGGCAAGACUGGCUACAUAGUCCUUUUGAAGCUGUCCAAGGGGAGAGUGAAAGAGGUUACAGACAACUACACCAAGAAUUUCACUCCUCCGACAGCUGGCUACGACUGCCACAUAUCAGAUCAGCUUUGUGCUGUGUCUUCAACUACUAGUUCUUUCUUGGCCUAUGAGCGAACACAGUACUACAUGUAUGAACUCCGUGAUGGAAGCAAUGACAUAGAAACAUGUCCAAGACACGCUUGUCCAUUUGCCAUUGUGGCAUUCUCAUAUGGAAAGAUGAGCACCAUGCCAGAGUUGGAGCAAAAAAGCCAAGACAAAACAGUGUUUCAUUACCAACCGUGGAUUGGCCAAUUCAAGAUUGAAUCUGCUGUCUAUGAUGUUGGUCUUCUGUCUUCGAGCGGAGCCUGGUUUCCAGCAAAGCUUCCAAAGACGGUUCAAAUUGAUCGUGCAAUUGGUGUGUCUGAACUGAAGAGGACUUUGCCACGUGAAAUCUUUGAAACUUGCAUUGUGGGUGAAGUUUGCAUAGAUGGCAGAUGUUUCAACUUGUAUGACAUUGUGUCCUCUAAGGCGAAAAAUGACCUGGCUCAGAUAGCCCAAGAGCUGAAGGAAAAAGACAUGGCUCUUGUUAUCCCACUGGAAGAUUCUGGGUUCCUUGUACUGUUACACUCUUCACACCUCUUCUCUUAUGAAGAUGCAAAGUCGGGUAAGGCAGCAGCACUUCAAGGCAUGUUUAUUUUUCCAGACUCAAGAACUGUGCCAAGAGAUGCCAAGUCUGACCUGCAAAAUUCUAAGGUAUCAACAGAAAUAAUGCAAGUAAUCCCAGCACUCAACUAUGCAGAAGUGGAGAUGGAAAAAUGUUCUCCAAACCAGCAGGGGCACUCUCAGAUGUCUUUAGAGAAGCAUUUGCAAGACUAUGGGACUCUUUUUCACCCAGGGCUAUUGGACGUUCCCACCAGGGAAGCCAGUAUGUUUCCAGAUCAAUAUGAUGUGCCUGGUGGUUUUACCCUAAUAUCGCCUAAAUGGUCACUGGAGGCUGGUACUCAAUUAAAAUCCUAUUUUGAUGAGCCUUGUGGCUUUACGAUUCCAGUAGGGAGGGCGUUAGAGUUACUCGCUGCCGGUAGACAACAGCGUGGUGAUGAUCACGAUGAUGAUGUCUAUUAUUAUAUAUCAUCACCUGAGGAUGUGCCACAGACUGAGGCUCCUAUUGAAAUGGAGGUGACAAAGCAAUCUGAGGCCAUUAGUGAUGCCUCUGACAGGACAGCUAAAACAGUUGAGAAACAAAAAUAUGGGCUUGGAAAGCUGGGAACAGCUGUAGUUACAGUAGCUGACAGUGUGUUGGAAUAUCCAACUUCCACAGUGUCACCCAAAUUGGGUGAUGUCCCUUCAGAGAAUUUUGUAAGUAUUGAGAAUCAUGUUGGGAAAAAAUCUCUAGGUAGUUCUAAAGGAGAUGCUGAUGGAGUCGGUGUAGAUUUAUCAAAAGAGACCAUCCAAACUAGUAAUACACCAUUAAUCAGAUCAGCAGAAGAAGGUGCUACUGCUUUAAGUGGGGGGAUGGAAGAUAAUACACAUCCUGAGAAAGCAAUGCCUGAUCCUAAUAAGAAAGUAAAUCGGAGGUCCUUUUCGAGGCGUAGAGGUAGGAAGCGCAGAACUAAUCAGAAAACCAUGGAGAUUAAGAAAGUUCAAAAACAGAUUGCUUCAUCCACUUCAAGUUUGCCUGUAGUUUUGCCAGCGAAUUCUCCGGAUGACCUUACGAAAGACCAGAUUAUGACUGAAACCGUGCAUGCUGAGGACAUCUAUCAAAGAGCCCAUCCAGCUCGUAGGGGCAAGGGAUGCAGGAGAAAUCUGACUGAAGACAGACAAGCACAAGACCCUUUAUUAAGUGUGACAACUAAACCUAUAGAUGAUCAAAGUAUAAAAAAUGAGACAAGUCAUUCAAAAAAAAAUUGGCGGUCUCUUCCAAGGCGUAAAAGAUUGUGGAAUACAGAUGCCAAUUUGAAACGGUCUUUGAGAUCAGAUGCUGUAAAGAACUAUGAAGAAACUACAGUGAAUGAACAGCACAAUGAAACAAAACAAAUGUUGUCUAGCUCACACAAGAGGAAGAUGGAGGGAUUUAAUUUGAGGGAACGUUAUGGUUUAAAGACCAUAAUCACAAACUGUGGUAGAGUCUUUGUUCCGCAUGGUUCAGAUGUUGACGUAGAGUCUGCAAAAAAGGAAAAAAUGCAUGUUGAAAUGAGCACGGACACAAAUGCAGAAAUUAUUUCUCCUAUGGAGAAAGAAGUAGUGGAAAGUAAGGGAGAAUCUCCCUCGAUGGGUAAAGAAGAAUUGCCCUCAAAAGAUCCACUGGUCAAUGACAAUGAAGACUCGGACAGCCCUUCAGAAGACAUGCCAAGUGCUCUCUUGUCGGCACUAAGGAUAUUGAGAAAACUUAACAAAACCAAUCCAUCAGAAAGUGACAAAAGUCAGGAUUUAUGUCCAGAAAAGUCCAUGAAUUCCACAUCAGUCGUGGCUGUAGAUGUCCAAAAAAAUAACAAAGAUCAUCCUGUUGCUGUUCAAGCAGAUGCAACACCCAGUAUUCCCGGAGUUUCUGACCAGUCCACGCAUUCGGACCAAAAAGUAUCAUCUCCUGACAAAACCAAAAAGAAAGCAAAACGUGAUGUGUACAGUGCAAUAUCUAUAAGCAAAUUAAAGACCGUGCUCAGAAGGGGAAAGAGUAUGAAAUCUUCUUCCCCUGGUGACGGUGCAAAAUCUGAACCAGAUAACACAGAGCUAGAGUCAAAAAAAGUUAAGUUGGGUGCCAUCUUUAAUCUGAAGUGUGAUACUGCCAAAAAUGAGCUGAAAGGCGAAGGAUUACAACCCAUGAAUGAUGAGGCACAACAUACCCCAACGAAAAGUGUGGAGUCAACACAGCAACCUGUGUCUUGGAGAGGUCUUAUUCACAAAGCAUCAAAAGAAAACGGGUCCCUUAAUUUUGACACAUCAGCACCUUUUGAAAUAGCUAAGCACACUGACCAGCAAGUCAUGUCUUCGCUUAUUGGGGAUAGGGUGGGAAGGAGAAGAAUUAGCACUGAUGGCAAAGCCAGUGCAGAGAGAAUGAGCAUGGGUGCAUCUCUGCCCCCAGAUGCUUUGAGUUUAUUGGCUGACUUGGCCCUUGGUGCAAGUAAUGAUAAAAUGUUAACAAACUUAGAAUCCAAAGCAGGCCUGGAGGCCCUUGAUGGAGUGAAUGCUAGCAGCUCCCCUGAGUCAGUCCUUCAUGCACUUCUUCGUUAUCCAUCCAACAGAUGUAAAUUACCCCCCCGGUCUCCUUUCCCAGAAGGUCUUUUAGUGACUGGGGAACUGAUUUUGGAAAUAUCAAAAGAACAUUCUUACUCACAGACCACCUCUCCGCUGUCUGGUUUGUUAGGUCCAUCUCCCAAUGUUUCUUUUCCAUCUGGAAGUGUAGAAUCACCUCUGUCAUUGAAAACUGGGCUUCAUCUGAACCUACCCAAAGACACCGUGGCCUCAUGUCAUCAAGAGGAAGUAGGCAAAGCAGAAUGGAAGCAUUUGAUUUCUCCAAAUAAGCCAAUGUCGGAGAUCCUAAAGACAAAACCCCGGAAACCCAGAAUUUUACGCAACAGAAACAUAAUCGAACAGGAGGGAAUGAUUCAAGUGACGAGGACUUGGAAAGAGCCAUAUGAUUUUAAAUUUGACAGCAAGUUCACCAAUGAAAGUAAAGACAAGACUGUCACACGAGCACUUCAUGGGAAAUGGAACUUCAACAUUGAAGAUACGUAUGAGGAUGUCCAUCUCAUAUUUCACAUGUGGAUUGGUCUUUUCUAUAGUAAAACCUCUUCCAGGUUAUUUCACCUUGAAAAUAGUACCGCACUUUCAAAGGAGAAGGAGGCUGAAAUUGUUCAUUUGGACAUAAAUGCUAUUCAGAAUGCUGUGUCAUUGCUCAGUGUAGAUUUGACCGAGAAAGCAGACUCGGCUAAGCCUGUGCAUGUUUCAUCAGAGGUUUUGGAUCUUUCUGUGAAAAAUGAAGAGCCUGUGAAUCUUCGUUCAGUGUCAAAUCGGUGCAAAAGCAUUGACACUGCAUCACAACCUGGUGAAAUGUCAUCUCAUAAGCAUGAAAUGGCACCAAGGCGUUCACCUUCUGGGACAGGUCUUUCUUCCAGUACGAAAGUUACAGCAUUGAUGAAUUAUAGAUCUGCUGUGGAUAUACCAGUGGCAAGUUCAGUGCCUGACAGUGACAAUGGCACUGAUGAUGAAAAUGACAUCACCACUGACUGCUCAUAUUCACAGCUCUUGGAAAAGAACAGUGCUUACAACUAUUUGUGUGAGCAAGCAUCAAAUAUGAGAAUAGGUGUUCGGAUACUUCAACCAAAGGUCAAAAAUGUUGCAAAUAAUAAAGCAUCCACCAGUGUGACCAGUUCUGGUCUCCCCAAAAUUGGUGUUUUCCAUCAAAUACUUAGUCCCAUAAAACCAUCAGCAUUCUCAAAACCAAACCGUCUGAUUUUGGGUAGGAAAAGUGUGGAUCUGGGUUUAAAGAAUGAAACUGGGCAUGUGCCGCAUGUAAUACUGCAAAAGGAGAUUAUGCCUGACAGUGCAGACAGUAAAGAGGUUUUUGAAGCAAAGAGAGAAAGAAAGAAAGAUGGGUGCCCAGAAGCUGUAGUUGAUGAAAAUGUUGACAAGACUUUAGAACUUAAAACUGGAGCAUCUGUUUUGUUGGAGGUAGAGAGUGUAUCUGUAGCUGAAGAGAGUAAAGUUCUCUCAAAGGAAGAUAGCCGGCAUGGAUGUCUGACGAUUAUGGAAGAUGAAAAUACUGAAGAAAUCAUAACUUACAAAAUGCCUAGCCAAGAUCAUACUAGUAUUGUAGAGCAUAAAGAGACUGCUCAUGCAAAGGAAAAUCUGAAACCUUUACUAAAUCUGAAAGAUCACGCAAACAUGGUUGAUGAGCUGAGAGAUGCUGCGCCACAUGAGAUGUCAAAUGAGCAUAAUGAGAUGUCAAAUGCAAUGGAAGAACCGAAACCUUUACUAGAUGACACCAAUCUAUUUGACCAUGCUGAUGAGCUAAGUGAUAUUUCAUCAGACGAGACUUCUAAUGCAAAUGAAGAAUUCAAGCCUGUGCAUGAUCUGAAAGAUCAUGCAAAUAUGGCUGAUGAGCUAAAAGAUGAUUUGUCAGAAGAGACUACCAUUGAAGAGUGUAAUGAGUUUUCUAAUGCAAAAGAUCAGUCAAAUGUGGUUGAUGCAUCAUCCCAUGAGAUUGAAGGUAAUGACACUAAUGAGCUGGUGGAAGAGAAAGAAGCUCCUACAGGUGAGGAAAUGAUGCAAGAAAUUGAGAUUAAGUCAAAGGAAGAGGCAAACCUGGAUGGCAGUGAUACUGAAUUUGAGACAUCCACAGCAACGGAGGCACAUCUAGAUGAGCUUGCUUUGGGUCUACGGGAUGAUCUAAACUGUGUUAAUAUGGAAUUCAGUGAUGAGGAUUCUGAAACCAAGGUACCAAUAGAAGUUUAUGUUCAGAACAGCGCCACUGACAAAUCAUCUGCCUUUAUUGAUGAUGACCAUCACAUGAAGAUGCAAAAGAGUGAAAAACAACCUCAGACACCAGAGGAGGCAAAUCUUGAAGAUGAUGCCCUUGAAGAAUUUAGCAAAAAUUCAUCCCAUGGAGAUCAGCUCAUGUCUGUUUUAGAGAAACACACCCCAGCUGCUAAUAAUGAUACUUAUGAAGUAGUGCAUGAUGAGAGUGAAACCAAGACCAUUGAGCAGUGUAUAGUGGUCCAACAAGAAGCUCUUGAUAUUUGUCAGGCUGUGUCAAAACCAACAAGUAAUGCUGAACCCACCAAAAUAGAUAUGAGUCAUUCAGAAAAUGGUGACGAAAGAGAUUUAGGCCAACAAGAUGCACCUGAAGUCACUGGUGAGGGUGACGCACUCGUUGACGAGAAUGAAACACAAAGUCGAGGUUCUUGUAAAGACCAAAUCAUAGAAACAUACGAAGAAUGCCUGUCCCCCAAAAUUUGUGCAUCACCCCGCAAUACCACAACUGACUUCAUUCGUAAUGAAGCAGUUGCUCGUCAAGCUUUGACAAUCAACAAACCCUCAGAAGCGGAGGUAAACAGUAUGUGCUCUACUCCCACUCAAGAUGAAACUCCAUGUUAUCCAGAAAUAAACAAAGGAUUCAGGGAAGUGGAUAUGAAUAGGGACCUUUACUAUCCAGAAAACACUGAUCACUCUGAUAUUUUGCCACCUAAAAGUCCUGUAAGCCCUCACCCCAAUGUUUCUACCAUAACACCAUUAUCUGACUUUCCAGGACAUUAUGAAGAAAUCCACAGUGACAACCAAAGGUGGAAGAGAAGCAAAUACCCUGGCACAAUGGAUUUUAAAGAUAAAUAUGCAUUAACUGCUGAGCAUUCACCCAGUGAGGACCCUUUUGCGUUAAGGCACAAACUCUAUCCCACAACUCAACAAAAAGAUGAUGAGACCCGUAACUUCAUAGACGGUGUAUCUCAAAAUGAUGAACGCUAUUACAGAGACAAUUUGCAUGGAUAUUACCACAGAUCUGAUGAAGAUAUACCGUGGCAGGAAUAUCAAACAGAGGAAUCCAUUUAUCACCAAUCGUACCCAUGUGAAAACGACUCUGGUGAAGACAAUUUUCCACCAAGUUCUAAGUAUAUCACAUAUGAACGUGAGUAUUCCUACAAGCACAAAAAGCGUGCAAAGAAAGAGACUGAUGACUAUUGUUGGGCGGAAGAGAAUUAUAAAUCGGACCCUCUAUCUUUCAAAUGCCCAAUAAAGGUUACUUGUACUGCAGACUAUGAGAUGGAAAUAGACCGAAGUUCAAAGAAGAAGUCUAGAAAAAGCAAAUUCCCAGGUGACUUCAAUCAAAAUGCUGAGUGGAAUGACAAAGACUAUUCCGACAGCAUCCAAAAAAUGUCAUCCUUUCAAACGUAUCAAACAAAGCCAGCUAGGGCGGUCACAGUUGGUUCCUUUCCACAUGUUAAGCCAAGCAAGCAGCAAUUUGACUGGCGCAGGUACUUCAGAAGGGAGGCGACUUGCAGUCAGCUAUUAGAUGCGAGUGAGAGAGAUGACAAAUUUGACAUUCCACUCUCAUCUAUUGUCACCAUUUUGGACAGGAAAGGAAACCGUGUUAUACUCAGUAACUCUCCCACCAUGAAACCAUCUUUUGAUGAAAGUAAUUUAACUAAAGGACUUGAAGACUCUUUUAAUGACUGGCAAGAACAACGAAGGAAGGCUAACGUGACCCGGUCUGCACUUGAUCUCGAGUACCUCAUCUUCUCUGAAAAUAUUGAACGGGUUCUCAAAGAAACUAAGAGCUCUGCCAGUACCACAUCAAGCUGUAGGUCAAAUCCUGACCCGGCUACAUGUCCCAUGACUGUUCAGUUUUCAAAUCUCAGUGAAGUAGAGAAUUCCGUUGAACUUUGUAAAGCACAGCAAUCUCUUACAGAUUUCAAGAUUAAAGUGGACAUGUCCGACAGGACAGAGACAAGGGAAAUAGUGAGAAUCCGUAAACCUCUCCAAAGACCUUUCUGUGAAAAAGGCAAUGCCGUUAAGUUCUUGGAGAUAUCAGAAAUAACAGAGCAAUGCGCUUUUACAUACAAGUCCAUGAUAAACGAUGUCUGCAGCGGGAAGACUCUCCCUCGUCCUGCUGAGACAAGAAAGAGGAAGUUUGAUCAAGAGAGUGUUAGCCAUUGUCCUAGAUUCUGUGGGCGUGUCAAGAAAGACGUUUUUGACAAUCUGAAGUCUACUGUGAAGCAAGCAUCUAAGAUUGAGUACAGGUUCUAUAUCCUUGUCACAUCAACAGAUACAUUCUUUGAAGAAACCAAGAACCUUUUGGAGAUUGAGGGCCACAUACCAGUUGAGCCAGAUGAGUUUGACCUCAAUGGUGAUGAUCAGUCCCCUCUGCUUAUUAUACUAAGGAAUGAGGACAUUGCCGAGCACAUAUGUAAGGUACCUUAUUUGCUGGAAUUGAAGAAGUUGCCCAGCGUCCUGUUUGCUGGCAUUGACCGACCAGAUGACAUGGUGAACCUCACUCACCAAGAGCUUUUUGCUAAGGGAGGCUUUAUAGUAUGUGAUGAAUUGGCUCUCGACACACUUACUCUAGACGACAUGAAAAAAGUUGUUGGGAUCCUGGAGGAGUUAGACAAGCUAGGGAAAUGGAAAUGGUUUCUGCACUACAGAGACAGUCGCAGACUUCGGGAAAAUGCAAGGUCCAGUCUUGAGGGAAGUAGGAAGCAGCAGUUUAUUGAUUGCUGUCAGAAAGCUGGCAUAGUCGAGGUCUUGCCCUAUCAUGACUGUGAUGUCAUGUCACGGGACCGACCCGACUACCUUUUCUGUUUGACUCGACUCCAGAUCCAAAAUGCCUCUGUUCGGUUUCCUGUGUUUAUUACAGAUACACCAACUGAAUCUUUUGGAACAAAUGGAAUUUUAACAAUGAACAUUUACACAUUCUCACGGAUUCUUUCAAAUGAUACUUGUUCUGUCUCAUAAAUGUUUUUUUUUUUUUUAUUAUUAUUAUUAUUAUUCAAAAUCCAAUAUCUUACCAUUGGUAAGUAAAACUGUGUUCAUAGAAAUAAUUUAUUGUUUAUCAUAAAUGUUAAAGCACAUAUGUUUGUUACUCAUAUGUAAGUGUUUACAAUUUAAAAGUUUUCCGCUGAGAGCUUUACGGUUUAUAAUACAAUGAAAAUGUACAAAUGUAGGUCAUAAAAAUGUUUUAGUAUGUUUUAACCUGACAUUGUUUUUUUAUAGAUGAAAAUUGAUUGAAACUCUAAUAAAUGAGCUGAUUUAG